AUGCAGUCGGUUUGUCAGAGAGUUGGCACUUGUUCCUCAUGUUUGAAGAGACAGCUAAAUGGCUUACUGGGAUUCAUUAAAUGGCAGAGAAGACUGGUUCCUGCUUGUGUCAGAACUAUUUACAGCGAGACGGGGAAAUGGGAAAAAAGCUAUGGGUUGGAGACAAGAAAAAGAGUUGAAAAUUGGUGGCUCCCAAGAAUAAAGGAUCAGUUCUGCAGAAUUUCAGAAACUGAUAAAUCAAGACCAAAAUUUUAUGUGCUUUCUAUGUUCCCAUAUCCUUCUGGAAAGCUCCACAUGGGCCAUGUUCGUGUUUACACCAUCAGCGAUGCAGUAGCUCGGUUCCAGAAAAUGAGAGGGAUGCAGGUGAUAAAUCCAAUGGGAUGGGAUGCAUUUGGUUUACCAGCAGAAAAUGCUGCAGUUGAACAUGGGCUUCACCCUGCAAGCUGGACACAAAGUAAUAUUCAACACAUGAAGGAACAGUUUGAUGCACUAGGUCUAUCUUUUACAUGGGACAGGGAAAUAACCACCUGCUUACCAGAGUACUACAAAUGGACACAAUAUCUCUUUCUUAAGCUUUUUGAAGCUGGGAUAGUGUAUCAAAAAGAGGCCUUGGUUAACUGGGAUCCAGUGGACCAGACUGUUCUAGCUAAUGAACAGGUGGAUGACAAUGGUUGCUCAUGGCGUUCAGGAGCAAAAGUGGAACAGAAAUACCUCAAACAGUGGUUUAUCAAAACGACUGCUUACGCAAAGGCAAUGUUUGAUGCUUUGUCUGAUCUCCCCGAGUGGUAUGGUAUAAAGGAAAUGCAAGCAAAUUGGAUAGGUGACUGCAUUGGAUGCUCUCUAGACUUCUUGCUAAAGGUUAAUGGUAAAGUAACGGGAGAGACGCUAGCAGCUUACACCUAUACGCCUGAAGCCAUUUAUGGAGCUUCCCAUUUAUAUAUUUUACCAACUCACAGACUGCUGUGUGGGAAUAGCAGUCUCAAGGAAGUCUUUCAGAGGGAGUUCAUCCCAGGGAAAGACUCACUUACUUCAGUGACAGCUGUGAAUUUGCUUACCGAUCAGGAGAUUCCUGUAGUCAUCUCCGCAAAAAACCAUUUUGAGAAUUUUCUUGAUACUAAAAUAGGAAUUCCUAGUACUAGUGCAGAAGAUGCUGCAGUAGCUAAGAAUCUGGGCAUUUCUUUCACUGAAGUCAUUGAGACAUUGCCAGAUGGUCUGGAGAAGGUCAUUAAUUCUGCAGAG